AUGUCAGAUACCGCGAUCCCAAUUGAGUUGCCCGUCAUCGACAUCUCUGAUCCCCAUGACCCCGCCGUGGGGAAGGCGAUGCUCGAUGCCGCGGCCAAGUAUGGUUUUUUGUAUGUGAACAGCAAGGGCACAGAUUUUGCGACGGAGGAUGUCGACCGUGGGUUUGAACUCUCGAAAAAGUUCUUUGCAUCUCCUGUGUCCGAGAAGGAGACUUGCCCCAUUACGCCCAACGUUGGUGAUCCUCGUCCAGUGCCUAACCGCGGCUGGUCUGGCAUGCACACCGAGACUCUGGAUCCCGAGCAUCAGCGCACUGGCGAUUUCAAGGAAGCCAUGAACUUUGGCGACUUCAAAGAUGGCAAAGCGCAACAGCCUCUGCCAGCAUCCCUGGCACCCCAUGAGUCAGAGAUCUACGACUUUGCCCAACUCUGCAACAAGACCUGCACCAGAAUCCUGACCCUGCUCUCCCUGGGCCUGGAAAUCCCCAAAGACUUCUUCACCACCCGCCACGACCCCAGCCUCGGCCCCACAGGCAGCAUCCUCCGCUACCUGUUCUACCCAUCCAUCUUCUCCCCCGCAACAGCAUCCUACAAACACGACAAGGACGUCCGAGCCGGCGCCCACUCCGACUACGGCAGUAUCACCCUCCUCUUCCAACGACCCGGCCAGCCGGGCCUCGAAAUCCUCACGCCAGAGGGAUCCUGGGCCCCCGUCCCCAUAAUCCCAGGCGACAAGCCCGACGCAUUCCCCUUCCCGCCGAUCUUGGUCAACAUCGGCGAUCUGCUUAGCUACUGGACGGACGGACUGCUCAAGUCCACCGUGCACCGGGUCGUGUUUCCCCUGGCCGAGCAGCGGAAGCCGAAUCCGCAGGAUCGGUAUACGUUGGUGUAUUUCUGUCAUCCCGUUGAUACGACGGAGUUGGUGCCGGUGCCGAGUGAGAUUGUCGCGGCGCAUCGGGAGAAGACUGGUGGGUUGAAGGGGGAUGGGGCGGUUGGAUUUGGAGGUGGUGCUGGCAGCUUGGAGCCGGGCAAGAGGCCGUUGACUGCGGCGGAGCAUUUGGAGUCCAGGCUGGCGGCGACGUAUGGGUUUACGAAGGAGGAAUAG